AUGUCGCUUAUUACAAAGAAGAAAUAUGUCGUAAACGAAGCACUUCAACGUUUUCAAUUACCUGAUGAAAAACAUUAUAUUGUCAAGAUAAUUGCUCCACGUGGGAAUAAUUUACAUGAAAUAGUAACACCCAGUGGAUUGACAUUUCUUGUCAGUAUGCCAACAAAAUUUCGUCAAACAAUUUUUAUCAAACGAGGAGAUUACGUACUCGUAGAAGAUAUCGAAGAAGGUGAUAAAGUUAAAGCCGAAAUAGUGCAAAUUUUACUUAAAGAUAAUAUUAAAUAUAUUCGAUCACAAAAUUGUUGGCCUAAAGAAUUUCAAGAUAUUCAAGAAGCAGAAAAUAAUGAUGAUAAAUCAAUAGAUGAUAUGAUGCCACCAUCGGAAAGUUCAGAAGAAGAAGAAGAAGAAGAAGCAGAGAAAAGAGUAACAGUAAAUUCAUCGGAAAAUUAA